AAGAUCUACUCCGUGACAUAUUUCGUCACUGAGCACAGAAACAGUAAAAACUGCAGAGGAAUUAAACCAGUUGCUGGCUUUCUGUGCCUUUCGGCUCUUUGAUUGGCAGAGAAGCAACUAGUAAGCCAUUUAAUUUCUUUCAUAUAUUCCCAGGAGAUCCAAACACAAACAACCAUUCGGAUCCAACAAAAUGAAUAUAUUCAGGUUAGCGGGUGACAUGACCCACCUGGCCAGCGUCCUCGUCUUGCUCCUCAAGAUCCACACAAUCAAAUCUUGUGCCGGUAUUUCUUUGAAGACUCAAGAACUCUAUGCCGUUGUUUUCGCUACCCGCUACUUGGACAUUUUCACUGAUUUUAUUUCUCUAUAUAAUACCAUCAUGAAGUUGAUAUUCUUGGGGAGCUCAUUUUCGAUUGUUUGGUACAUCAGGCAGCACAAGAUUGUUCGCAGGUCCUAUGAUAAGGACCAAGACACCUUCCGCUAUGUUUUUAUUGUGCUGCCAUGCAUAUUCUUGGCCCUAAUAAUCAAUGAGAAGUUCACCUUCAAGGAGGUCAUGUGGACAUUUUCAUUGUAUUUAGAAGCCGUUGCUAUACUUCCUCAGCUUGUGCUGUUACAGAGAACGAGAAACAUUGACAACUUGACUGGGCAAUAUGUAUUUCUUCUUGGAGCAUACCGAGCGUUAUACAUUCUCAACUGGAUUUACCGUUACUUCACUGAACCACACUAUAUCCAUUGGAUACCAUGGAUUUCCGGGAUUGUUCAAACACUGCUAUAUGGUGACUUCUUCUACUAUUAUUUCCACAGCUGGAAAAACAACAAAAGGCUCCAGUUACCGGCUUGAGUUCGUUCAGCCACCCUUUACUCAGAUCUCAGUUUAGCUUUUCAUCCAUGCUCUUAGGAUAUGCAAAAGGAUUAGAUACGUUGCUCGGGAUAUAUGCUUAUUAUUGGACUGUCAAAACUCUGUGUUUUUGCCGUCUACACUGUUACAUGUUUCACAUGGCUUCUCAAAGCAACAACUGCUUUCAGUACUUUAGGAACAUAUACUUCUUAGAAUAUCAUGUUUUUGAGUCAUGAUAU